CGCUCUCUCGAGAUACUAAUAAUAAUUACUGUAAGGGGCCGAGUCACGAUUGAGGAUAUUCCUUUAUCUGUUUGUCAUCAAAUUAUGACCGAGAUGUUCGGCUCGAAAGAUGACUUCAGUUGCCCGAAAUUUGCGACGGCUGAGAGUUACAUUGGAAUUUUGUCAACUUAUCGCGGAAGGAUACAUCACUCCAAACUUGCCCGUAAAGGCCCGGAUUCAACGUCCUCCGCCGAUCGAGAUGGACUGCGGACGGACCGUGACAUCAAGCGGGAAUCAUCCUCUCCGCAGACAUUCAAGCAUCAUCGCUCGUCGUUGUCGAGCGGUUCCGUGGAAAGCCGGAUGGCGGAACUUGAUGAUAUUCAACGGUCAAUGGAAGUGGAGGAAACGGAGGAGGAAAGCUUUGAGGAGGAGAGGUUUAAAUCGCGAGAACAUUACGAUACGGACUCCGAUAGUGUCUCUAGUGGGCGCGAAGCCGCAUCAUAUCAACAAGGAGCUCGCGUGCAGACUCAACAGCCCCCUUCCCCGGUAGAAACUUACAUCAACAACAGUGUCAGCGGGGUAGACAGAAUUCCUACUCACGAAUGGACCUUUGAGGAACAGUUCAAGCAACUGUACGAGUUGGGUACUGAGCCAGAAAGGAAAGAAUUUUUGGAUGAUUUGUUUACGUUUAUGCAGAAAAGAGGUACUCCAGUAAACAGAGUUCCCAUAAUGGCUAAGCAAACAUUAGAUCUCUUCAAACUGUUCAAACUUGUCGUUGAAAAGGGAGGGCUUGUCGAGGUAAUAAACAAGAAAAUCUGGCGUGAGAUUAUUAAAGGACUAAGUCUUCCAGCAUCAGUUACGAGUGCAGCUUUCACGCUUCGAACACAAUACAUGAAAUAUCUAUAUCCAUAUGAAUGCUCAAAGAAGAAGCUAUCCUCUCCAGCCGAACUUCAAGCAGCUAUUGACGGAAACCGUCGUGAUAGCCGAAGAUCAUUUGGCUCGUUUCUGUCCCAAGCCGUGCCAUCGGACGGCCCACAUCCAUACAACAGUCCAAGUCCAACAACAACACCGCCUGCCUUUACGUCCAGCAACACCUCUCCAGGGCUUCCUCAUAGGUCAAGUCCAGGCCCUUCAGCUUCCAACCAUGACGUGCAUGUACCUCCAUCAGUCCAUGGCAACAAUGGCGUUGCUAUGCUUCACUCUCCGGGCGUUGUUCAAUACAGCCCAAAGCGUUCGUCGAGCGUGACCGAGGUGACGUCACGAGGGGUUUCCUCGUCACCAUCCGAUGCGUCACCAUGCGGUUCACCAGUCAAGAAGUUUGCUGCGGUUAAUGAACGAAGCAAUAAACCAACACCGACUCAGCUUCCCUGGACACAUAUUAAAAUACAAACUCAACCCAAAGGUAUGUCACAAGGCGGCCAGUUCCAGUUUCCAGAUCCCGAACGAUCAUCACGCGGUCGCGAGCCGAGGCAGUUACCGCUGACUCUUCUGGACCAAGUGAGCGACAACUCAUUGCUUGUGUCUGUAGAGCUCAAUGGUGUGGUUUACCAAGGGGUUUUGUUUGCUCGGCAAAAUCGACCGGACUCGCCGAGAAGUAACGAAGACUACUAACUCAAGUAUGAUGUUCCUACUCCUCAAAUAUAUGGGCAUUAGUGUAGGAUUUAGAGCGGUUUUAGACUGACUUUUAUAAAAUUGAAUUGCCAUGUGAAUGUAAUUUGAGUCUUGCACGGUAAAACAUGCGAUUAGUGGAAGAAAGGUUAAUAGCGCGAAAGACUGGCCAUGCCUCACUCACAUCUCACUGACUGUAGGGUCCAAGUGGCAGAACUUACAUCUCAAUGAAAUCAUAAAAACCAUGACAUGGUAGCCAGGAGCCGCUUUGUGUUAAAUGCCUGUUAGUAAGUAGUGUGUAGAAAAAGGGUACUUCAAGUGACCACGUCCGCUUGACGUCACUAGACGGGCGAAGUCAUUUCACUCUACCCUUUCACUGAGUUUUUAAGCCGCAUAUUCUUCAAUAAUUAUCACCGUUAAGACUCACCUACAUUUUUGUAAGUCAGUGUAGUUCGUAAGUCCUACCGGCCUCUUGAUAUCAUCAGUUUAUGAUAUUUCACGCAAGACGAGUAUUAUUCUAAAAUUCGGUUACUUUUCAAAUUUUUUUUUUUUCGUAUUGUAUAUUUAUCUUCUUCAUACCUAAGCUCUUCUGAAAUGUUGACUUGUUCAGGAAAUCCACCCCUAAACGAGAAUUAGGGUAAAUUUAACGUACAAUGUAGCAAUUUUAUCAUUGUCUUGUGAAUGAGAAGCAAGAUCAAACAAGUUUGAGUGUUUUGAGACAAAACGUUGGAUUGUGAUAUCUGGUUCAGAUUAUUUUUUCUGCGAGUGCAUUACAUAAACCUGGUAUAUGAUUUCAAAUAAAUCGGAAAAAUGUUUGUCAUAUUUUGACUUUUUUGUACUUUGAUAUGAAAUGUCGAGGAGAAUGCCUCUUACUGAAUAUACUAUAAUGUUAAUGUUUAAACCUAAUUGUAAAUCAUUUCUCCUGUCGUAUCUUUAUAUAGGGCUCCUUCGGAGACCUACUCAGUCUUGACUCUCUACCUUUAAAGAAUACAUGCACCCACUGUAAAUACUUGACUUCCGGUUAUAAUCUUAUUUUUCCUCUCCUGGUCAUAGCUGGUAAUAUCUAAAUUCUAUUCGUGAAUCUAUACUGUUGUUACUAUAAUUUGGAGCGAAAAAGACAUUCCUUUGCUGUAAAAUAAUUUCUAUUACUACUUCGAGGGUGUUACUGCUGUUGCACCAGUUUUAAAACAAAAGAAAAAACCUGUACUUCUUCUCCCUUUUUUACGAAUGCUGAUCCCCAUGCAGUUUUCUACGGCAUUUCUAUCGUAAAAUUGUUUUGGGUUUUCUAUUCACUUUGAAUUUUCUUUUUGAUCAAUUCAAACGAUUAAUGGUAACACCCUCGACUUUGUAUCUUUCGAGCUGUCCUAUCGAAACUGUAUUUGGAGAAGGGUGUACAUUUAAAGGAUAAACUUAAUUUACUUAUACGGAAUUACUCUAGACUUGUUCUGUUACUGGCUCUUAGGUAUUUGAAUGCGUGUUAACAUCCACACUAUUAUCAUUAUUGUAAUAAUGGUACGUAGAAUAUAGGUUGGUUAGUGUUUUUUUUUUUUUUGUUAUUAUUGCGCCAUAUAUUUAGCAGUGGCGUCAACUUACUUAUUCCUCUGCGCUCUUUGGUGUGCUGUUUUAAAAUGUUAUUAAUGCUGAGAUUUUAAUUUAUCUUUUAUUGUUUAAUGCUAGAAAAACUACCCAAGAGAUAAAUCUUCGUAUCUGUGAUGAUGAUAAUAAGAUUCGUUUACCUUGUAGGUAGGAAUAUACUCGUCCAUAUAUUCUAGUUAACUAGUUUUGUUCAAAACACUUUGUGGGGAUUUUUAUCGUCACCACCAUCAUCAUCAUCAUCAUCAUUAUCAUCAUAAUUAUUAUUAUUUUUAUUAUUAUCAUUACUUUAAUAUAUACCGAAUUCCGCUGAACGCAUCGAUCCUAUGUGAAUAUUUUUAUAACUGAAUCAAUAAUGAAGGAUUGCGUAUGUACACAUGUACAAAUAAAAGUAACAGACCUUA